AUGAGUCAAGAAAUCGUUGAGCAGCCGGCCAAGGAAAUGCCAGAAAUGAAGACGGUUAUUCUGAAGAUGACCAAUCUACGACUGCAUGCCAGCGGUGUGUUCAGCAACGUCUACCGUGGAACUUUGCUGAAGCCAGAACCGCAACGAGAAAUAGCAAUUAAAAAGACGUGGCCAGGAGACAAGGAUAGAGAUCGUAACUUUGAAAUGAUAUUUUUAACUGGUAUUAGUCGGAAGAAGCAUAAAAAUAUAGUACAAAUGAUAUUUGCCUUUUUCUAA